AUGGAAUCAUCUCAACCAUCACCACCAAAUGAAUUGAUCACAGUUUAUCUAGUAUUUAAACAAGAUCAAAAUUCAGUAAAGGAAUUAGAAUCAUUAUUUUGGAAAAUUACCGAUCCUGACAGUGAUAAAUAUCAACAGUGGCUUACACGUAAAGAAAUUAAUAAAAUUUUAAAACCACAUUCAAAGUGUUAUUCAUUAAUUAAAAAGUGGUGUGAGAAACAACCGUUUAAAAAAGUAAAUAAGAUUGAUGACAAUAUUGAUAGUCUUCAACAACAGCUAGAAUCACUUGACGUUAUCACACCAGAAUUUGUAAUUGAUUACUAUAAAAUACCAAAUGUGAAAAAAAUUGGUCUACCACGAAAUGAUGUGUCACAAAGCUCCAUUCAGUUUCUAGGAGAAUAUUAUGAUGAAAAAGAUUUACAGAAAUAUUCAAAGGCAGUAAAUAUUAGAUACAGACCGCUGGCCUCAAAGCAUAUUCUUGGUGGAAUAAAUAAUCAAAGUAAUCCAGGUAGUGAAGCAGUGCUUGAUGUUGAACAAAUGAGUGGUAUUAAUCCAUUGGCUGAGAACUGGUUUAUUAAUUAUGAAUCUGGAGUUAAUCCGGAUGGCGAUGGUGAAAAUUUCUAUACAACAAUAUUAACAUUAAAUCAACUGGACCAUUUACCACAAGUGCUAUCAAUAUCUUAUGGUGAUCCGGAAAUCGGUCUAUGUAAGGGUUUCACGGGCGAUUGUAAUACAACAUUUAAUUCCAAUGAGAUUUAUAUUCGACGUACAAACAUCGAAUUUAUGAAAUUAUCCAUGAGAGGAAUCAGUAUUUUGGUAUCUUCCGGUGACAGUGGUGCAAAUGGAUUUUUUGAAACAAAUUGUACAAAUAAAAUAUUUUAUCCAGAAUAUCCAACAGCUUGUCCUUAUUUGACAUCCGUCGGUGCUACACAAUUAAUUGAUAUUGAAUAUAAUAAUAGUGAAAAACUACCACGUGCGUGUUCAGUAAUCAUACCUCCAGUUGGCAACAGAAAUGCUACAUUAGCUCACUGUAUAUCGAAUGGAACUGAAGUAGCAGUUGAUACUGGGUAUACUGGUUAUACAAGCGGCGGUGGAUUUUCCAGCUACACUUCACAACCACUCUAUCAAAAACGAGCUGUAAACAAAUAUUUCAAAUUAAUGAAAUGUCAACCACCAACAUCAAUGUACAAUCGACGUAAUCGUGGCUUUCCGGAUGUUUCUGCAUUUGGUACUCAUGGCUUUUUUGUAUUCAAUGGAACUUAUCACACUUUUGGUGGUACAAGUAUGUCAGCACCAUUGUGGGCUGGUAUUGUAUCAAUUUUAAAUUCAUAUUCAUUAAAACGAACAAACAAAACAUUGGGCUUUCUUAAUCCCUUACUGUACAAAAUGUCAGAAGAGUGUCCCAAGUGUUUUAAUGAUAUAACACUUGGUGAUAGUAAAUGUCCUGAUAGUAGUUACUGUACAAGCAAAUGUCAAGGUUUUCAAGCUGCACGUGGUUGGGAUCCAGUAACGGGACUGGGUAGUCCAAAUGUUGAACAAAUGAUAAAAUAUAUUAAUAGAUUAUUAAAGAAGAAGAACUACCUGUAA